AUGCCCGUGUUCGUCAUUUACAACCCGGUCUGCGGGGACGGCACCGCCAAUGAGCUGUUUCAGGAGCACGUCCUGCCUCUCAUCGAGAAGAGCUCAAAGGUUGUCGACAAGAUCAUCGUCACAGAAAGCCAAGGCCACGCUGCGUCCGCUCUCCGUGAAUCAUUUGCACAAGAAGAUCCCAUCACUGUCGUCCUCGGCGCCGGUGAUGGCACUCUGCACGAGAUCAUCAACGCGCCAGACCCGAAGGCCGACGUCUCCUUCGCACUCGUGCCGUGUGGGACAGCAAAUGCGCUGUAUUCAUCCAUCUUCCCCCACACCGGCGAGGUGGAUCACGCAGACUACAAGCUGAAAUCGGUGCAGGCCUUCGUUAACGACAGGCCCACCAUUCCUCUGACACUCGCCCUCACCGACCUCGACGCUCCAGACAAGCCGCGUCGGUCAGUAGCAUCCGCGGUGGUAACGUCAACCGCUCUGCAUGCCUCCAUCCUGCACGACUCGGAGGCUUUGCGCUCCUCCGUGCCGGGCAUCGAGCGCUUCAAGGUCGCGGCGCGCCAAAACAUCACUCGCUGGUACCGCGCCACCGUCAGGCUGCACCCUGCCAUGAACGCCGGCCGAGUACACAUCUACGACCCAGCUGAGGGCAAGUUCGUGCCGCACCCGCAGAGCACGAAGGACGCGCCGCUGGUCCUCGAGGGCCCGUUUGCCUACUUCGUGUCCACAGUCAACGUGGACCGCCUGGAGCCCCAGUUCAGGAUCACGCCGUUGCAGUCGGACUUCAAGCCCACAGAAGCAUCGUUUGACCUUGUCGUCGUUCGUCCCUUCAGAGACCCCUCGAUCUCAGUGGACUCGGAAGGCACGAGGGCGGCGUUUGCACCUAAACUCGGGUCUGUACUGCAAGCUGCGUACCGUAAUGGCGCGCAUGCGAGCAUGCGGUAUGCGAAUGACGGUAGCACCGUUGAUGAGGGGAACGGCCCGACGGUGGUCGAAUAUUUCCGAUGCGGUGGAUGGGAAUGGAAGCCUGUGAGUGAUCAGCAGUGCGUGUGA